AUGUUGAAAUGCCAAAUCCUCAAAACAACGGAGUGGAUAUAUAAAGAGCACUCAAAUUUGAUUAUACAAACAAUGUCUUCGCACCACAUUUGUAACACGUUACCAACGACAACACACUUCCACGGAGUGAUGAGAAUCACAAAGAAGAACGCGCUCUUGAACAAAAUUGCGACAAAGCCGUCAAAGCUGAGACAAGACCUCCAAAUCAAUGAAGAGCAAAACGUUAUUCAACUUAAAAGGGUUUCUGUUAUCCACACAUCCGAUUCGAUCGCUAAGUACUUUAGUAAGUUUGGGAAGGUCGUUCAGGUGAAGCUUUCAAAGUCUUCAAGUAUCUCUCAAAUCGGCUUUGUCACUUUCGAGAAGAAAGAAAGCUUGGCCCAUGCACUGGCGGCGAAACCGCCACAUGGAGUUGUGUUCUAA